CCAUUGCACUCCAGAAGAAGAAUCUGAAACAGAAACCUCAGGCUUUGGGAUGGAUGUUAACUUUCCGAUAUUUGGGAUGUGAUCGGACAAAUGCGGUGAAGUGGUCAUUUAGUCUGUCUUUUCACAGAGUAACAAUAUCAUCCAGGUAACACAUGUUGCCACAGUGAGAUCUCUGCCUUAUUGCUUGGAUGCUUUGCUGAUCUGGUCAUCAUCAGCCUCUGGAAGUCACGUUCCACAGGAUGGCAGACAGUGGAAACCAGUCUUGCCUACUAGGAUCACAAGACACCCUGUCUUUCUUGGUGUGUUUGUUUCAUGUGUGGGAAGAGUGGGCUGGCCUGGAGCAGCUGGAGGACUACCUGAGCUUUCUUCAAUACCUCUUGUGGGUCUUCACGCCUCUCGCUGUUGUUUUCCUUGUGCCAUUCCUCAUUGUUAUCCUCCUUUAUCUCUCAAUACUCUUCCUUCAUGUCUAUAAGAGGAAGAAUCAGCUAAAGGAAGCUUAUAGCAACAACUUGUGGGAUGGAGCCAGAAAAACACUGGCUACCCUGUGGGAUGGACAUGGAGCCAUAUGGCAUGGUUAUGAGAUCCAUGGAAUGGAGAAGAUUCCCAACAGAGGACCAGCUCUAAUAGUGUACUAUCAUGGAGCCAUACCUAUAGAUUACUAUUACUUCCUGGCCCGUGUUAUCAUUCAGAAAGGACGUACCUGCCAUUCUGUAGCUGACCACUUCCUCUUCAAGAUUCCUGGUUUCAAGUUGCUGUUAGAGGUCUUCUCGGUGAUCCAUGGUCCUCAGGAAGAGUGUGUCCGGGCUCUGAGGAAUGGCCACUUGCUUGGUAUUUCUCCAGGAGGAGUGCGGGAGGCAAUGUUUAGUGAUGAGACCUACCGUCUUUUUUGGGGAAAACGCAAAGGCUUUGCACAAGUUGCAAUUGACUGUCAAGUGCCAAUAAUUCCAAUGUUUACUCAGAAUCUACGAGAGGGUUUCAGAUCUCUUGGGACACUAAGAUUAUUUCGGUGGCUGUAUGAAAGAUUUCGUCUUCCUGUAGCUCCAAUUUAUGGGGGAUUUCCAGUGAAAUUUCGGACCUUCCUUGGUGAUCCUAUUCCAUAUGACCCAAACAUCAAUGCUGCUGAGCUAGCAGAAAGAGUGCAGCAGGCGGUCCAGUCUUUGAUAGACAAACACCAGCAGAUCCCUGGGAGCAUCUUGAGAGCCUUGUUAGAGAGAUUCUACACAAAACGCAAAGAUUUUCAACAUCAGAAUUAAAAACGAUACGUCCAAUUUAUGAUCCGAUUUGGAUGUAAGCUGAUGAACUUUAUUGUCCCAGAGGAAAUUUGUCUUGGGUACAGACUCUGACUGCUGCGUAAUCCAAAACAAUGCCCAUCCCAUUACAUUCACACAUCAUACCUGUAAGAUUGACGCAUAACAUUCUAACUUAGAAAUGACUGGUUGGAUUCAGUAUGUACACUGUCCUAUUGGCUGUUUGUAUUAUGUCACUUGGUGAUUUCCUCGAAUAAUAUGUCUCUCUACAAAACUCAAUCUUGUAGUAGGAUGGAAAAAGGAAAAAUACAUUUUAUCAAUAUUAAGUGUGGUAAAACCUAAAGAAUAUGGGAAGUAUUUUUAUGAAUUGUACUUGCAUAAGUGCAAAAUGUCAUUGUACAUACUAAGUGGGUGGUUUUUUUGUUGUUUUUUCAUUUUAUAUCCAAAAAUGGUGAGGGGUGUGGUACUUCCAAUUACAGUAACAUAAUAUGCCGUACGAAUUACCUCUAUGCAUCAUGAGCAAUUGUACCCAGUUGUGGUCCUGUCACUUUGUUUUGGUCUCACUAAAGGGCAGUGUUUCCUAACCCUGGUCCUCAAGGCACACUGCUCUGCAUGUUAUAGAUAUUUCCCUCUGCUCUGCAUGUUAUAUAUAUUUCGCUCCUUAAUGUGCCUCAUUCAAUUGAUUGCAGUUCAGCAAACACCUGUUCAUUGAAAUCACAUGUGCUGAAGCAAGGAAACAUCUAAAAUAUGCAGGGUAGUGUACCUAGAAGACCAGGGCUGGGAAAAAAACAUUGCUAUAGGGAGUGUGGAUCAGUGAAGUGAUGUUAUACCCAACAAUCUCUCCAUAGCACAAAACUUUUGAUUCUCAACAACUCGCUUGUCUCAAAUCCUUCACAUUGAUAUUUGGAAUGAACUUUGUGAUCAGCUUCACUCUUUCUGAGUUAGGUUAAGCUUUGGCGUCGCUAGUUUUUUUUAAAUUUAGCAGGAAAGAUCAUCUGUUUUAUAUGUAUUUAUAUUGAAGUUGAGAGGUCUGUGAUGAAUAUAUAGACAAAACAAAUUCACAUGAAGGUGAAUAAGUUCAAGAGAUGCUAAAACUAUUAGUAACUUUUGUUUGGGAUGGUGGUGGUGUGUCACACUUUGAUGUAUUUACAUUUAGAUGUGGUGAUAUGUAAAAGGUACAUAAUCAUCUAUAACUGUUAUUUAAUGUUGGUGCUCUCCUAUUCCAGCUAACUGAACAGACUGCCAUGAAGACGAUUUCUAUCACUUUUGAUGAACUGCUCUACAUUUUAAGGGAGGUUCUAUUCUCACCAGCUCACUUACAUCUGAGCUGUUAUACUACAGCUCAGAUGUACCUUCUUUUAUGUUUUGAAACUCAAACUGUUUUACAGACAUAACAACAUAAGAGAUGUCCUUGUUACACGUUUAGCUGCUGUAUUGUCUUUGAAAAAUUCCCUGUUAUUUUUAUGUAGUUCAUAGUACUGCUUGAAACAAAACUACAGGCAUUCCUUAGACAACUGCCUUUAGUCAUGGUAAAUUGUUGUCUUGAUAUUCUGCUAUAAACCAAAUUUUUUGCAGAACAUCAGAGCGCUUAAGUUAUCUUUUGUUUUGAAAAUAGUUUUCUGUGUACUACAAGUUCUCAUUGUGCAUUUUAUUUUAGGUUUUGCAGAUUUUCAAUGUGUUAGCUUUGUAAAAUUAAAAAUGUCCAUAAGUAGUUAUGUUAAAAGAAGUGUAAGCACAUGUUGUUCACCUGAGUGAACUUUUGGACAAAUUCUACAAAAAAGUAUUUUUUACAACAAAAACCUUAUUUUUAUGCCCUAAGAAAAUCAAAAACACUUUUGAAAAAAACUUACAGGAUCAUAAAACAUGCAUGAAAGGGUUAAAAAUGUACUCACCUUGAUAAAAUUUGGCAAAAUACAUUCAAAACAGCUGAUUGACAAAAUGCCAGUAAAACACUCAAUUGCCUUAUCAGAGACUGUAUUUCUACAGUUUAGAAGGCUGCAAAAAAUUUGUGGUGGGCUGGAUUUGGCUCACGGACCCUGAGUUUGGACACUUAAAACACUUUUUUCUUCCCUGUGUCUGUGGGCCUGUGAAAUCAGAGUUCUCAGCAGACAGGCUCUGGCUCUGCGUGUGUGAGAGUUUUAUCUUUGUUUUGGCAAGGCUCUAAAAGCAAUGGUUGUUACCUGUAAACUGAAUGUGCUUAUCUGGGCAACCAACGGAGUGCAAUAAAACUCAGCCUGCAGUUAUAAAAAACGGUAGCCUUUUGAAAAUAUAUAAAAUUAAAUUAAUACAGUUUAAGUUUGAUUUCUGUGCAAAUGCCACCCUAGCAAAAAAAAGUGUACUAAGUAUGUAAAAUUUUAACAUACUUUAGCAUACUUCAAGUACACUUAGGAUUAACAUACUUAAAGUGUGCUUUUUUGGGACAACGUUUUUGUGCUUAGUGUAUUUUAAUAGUAUUUAAAUUGUAGUAAUGUACAAUUUAAAGUAUACUAAGCAUACUUCGAGGUACAUUUUUGGAACAACUUAAAACACACUCUGAACACUUUGAUCCUUGCAGGAUGGUGAGGGAGGCUGGUGGUGCCCAUGUCCAGCAGUAAUCAGAUGAGAGGCAGGGUUCACCCUGGACAGGUCACCAGUCCAUCACAGGGCCCUGAAGCUAACAAUGAAUAAAAUAUAUGAAAGAGAAAUGUUAGAUUAACAAGGGGAAUAAACCCAGAUAGCACAUGAUGUUAAAUCAAUGUUGAAUUAUAGUCAGAAUCGUUGAUCUUUGGUUGAAGUCGACAAAUGAUGGUGGAUCAACCAUCAAACAACCAUCCAAUUCUAACCGUUGAAACUGUGUCAUUGAAUCAGUGUUGUUUUGUGGUUGAAAUCUAAUGAAUGAAAAGCCGAGGUCUGAUCAACGUCUGAUCAAUGUUGAAUCAAAGUAUGCUGUUUUGCUACGCACCUUCUCCUCGUCAUCAGAGCUCUGGGUGAGAGCAUUGUAUUACUCAGCAGGGGUUAUCACAUUUUUAAUAACACUGUAGAGGAUAGUGAGUGGCGAUUCCUUUCUGUACAUUUUUUUUUAUUUGUUAAUAAAAUUUCUGACUGUG